AUGGAGAAUUACUGGAAAUUUUGCAUGGAAAUUUUAGAGAUUUGCUAUUUGGAUAAACCAGGCGGCUGUCACUGCGGGCAGGAACAGCCGGCGCUGCCCCUCCCUCCCGCGGGGUUCCCCGCGCUGGUCCCGGCCCCGCCGGGCGCGGAAGCGGCGGAGGCGCCGGGCGCCUUUAAGGGAGGCUCCGCCCCCGCGCGCGCUCCCGCCCCUCGCCGCGCGCCGGGCCAACGGGAGCGCGCGCCUGGGGAAGGGGCGGGGGCGCCGAGCAGGGGUUUCGCUCCGGCGGUGGCACCGCGGGAAGGGGCGCGGGACCCCGCGAAGGGGCGUCCGCACCUGCCCGGCCCGGCCCGGCGAGCGCUCACCAUCCCCCGGGCGCGGCCGCCCGAAGGCAACGGGGCGGCGGCAGGAGGAGGGGGAGAAGACGGAGAAGGGAGCGGGGGCGCCGCAAGGACCCCGCGCCCGGUGCGGGCGGCGCGGCGGCGGCGGCGGAUGUGCUGCUGGCGCGGGGGGAUGAUGCUGGCGGGGCCACAGCUGGUGGCGGGGCCGGCGGCGCCGGGCGGGGAGCGGGCCCGGCUGCUCUCGCUCUACGUGCAGGACUACCUGGAGUGCGUGGAAUCGCUGCCGCUGGACAUCCAGCGCAACGCCUCGCUGCUGCGGGAGAUGGACACGCAGUGCCAAGAAGCGUUAAAAGAAAUAGAUGAUGUCUAUGAAAAAUACAAGUCAGAAAACGACCCUGUUCAGAAGAAACGCUUGCAGCAGCAUCUUCAGCGUGCAUUAAUCAACAGUCAAGAACUUGGAGAUGAAAAAAUUCAAAUAGUGACUCAGAUGCUAGAACUGGUAGAGAAUCGAGCCCGUCAAAUGGAAACACACUCUCAGUGUUUUCAAGAUAUGUCUGAGAACGAAAAGCCUCUAGAAAAGGCCAAGAUGGAGUCCUGCCAGCCAGAGAGAUCCUCCCGCAGACCUCGCCGCCAGCGAACCAGCGAAAGCCGUGACCUGUGCCACAUAGCAAAUGGUAUUGAUGACUGCGAUGAUCAGCCACCGAAAGAGAAAAGAUCGAAAUCUUCCAAGAAGAAAAAACGCUCCAAAGCCAAACAGGAGAGAGAGGUUUCACCUGUAGAAUUUGCAAUUGAUCCCAAUGAACCAACUUACUGCUUAUGCAACCAAGUGUCUUAUGGUGAAAUGAUAGGAUGUGACAAUGAACAGUGCCCUAUUGAGUGGUUCCACUUUUCCUGUGUUGGACUCACGUACAAACCAAAGGGGAAAUGGUAUUGCCCCAAGUGCAGAGGAGACAAUGAGAAAACAAUGGACAAAUGUACUGACAAAUCAAAAAAGGAUAGGAGAUCGAGGUAGUGAAAACAGUUUAUGUUUUAAAGAGUUGCUCCUUUUAUAUUAAAAUGUUUCAUUUCCAGAGAACAUUGUUUUAGGAAAUGCAUAAGACUAUGCAAUAAUUUUUAAUCUAUAAUAUUAAUGGAGUAUUAAAAGCUGUUAUACCUUCUGUGAUCUUUAACUUUCUGCACUGAAUAACCAAAUUAUUGAAACAGGGUGGCUUCAGACCUUUCACAGAAGACAUUACAAGCAGAUGGCGCUUGAUUUCAAUUUAACCCCAUUAGUAUUUUAAAGAACCUUGUGAAUCCUGAAAUAAUGGUGGUGGGAGAGAUACCGAAGAAAUUUUCAUGUUAUGGUAAAGGGGUUGAAAGGCCUCACAUCUCUGCUAGCAUCUUAACGUCCGAGUUUGUUUUUUAUCCCAAGUUUUACAUUUUCAUUUUUUGUGUUAACAUCACGCAUUUGGAAUUAGGGGUUUUGAAUUGAGCUGUAACUGUAAAAGUCUUCCGAGCUAUAAGCAGACCUUUCCAGUGACUUUCAUAUGACCAGUAUGUUAUUGCAAGGAAGAAAAUAGAAAAUACCACUAACUUAACCUUUUCUUUUUUGCCAACAUUAAACUCUUGUCUUUGUGACUA